AUGGCUUCCAAAGCGGCAGCGAAAGCUGCAGGAGAAGUCGUCAGCAUCACCAAGAAAUACACAGUCCAAUCAACCGGCAUCUGGGAGCGCAUCCGGCGCGCGACAUCCAUCGACCCGAACCGGUCCAACGGCGUGCCACUCAACCCCUACAACCGGAACCCGGCCCCGGGCUCCAACGACCCGCUGCAGUAUGACGACCCGGUGACCGUCCCUGCCGGCGACAUUGCAGACAACCCCUACUGGAAGCGCGACGCGCGCCGCAACUACCCCCGCCACAGCAUCGUCGGCCAGGCCCAGCAGGUCGCCCUGCUGACCGUCGGCAGCGCCGCGCAGCCUCGCGUCGAGCUGAUCGGCGAGGCGGGGUCCAAGGCCCUCGUCGCGGCCGAGGAGUCCGGCAAGGAAGGCGGCCUGGCCGUGUACCUGGAGAAUAGCGGCGUUGAGGCGGCCAAGCGGGUGCUGGAGAUGACGGGGGGCCUGCCGCCGCUGCCGAGCGGGCAGCGUCUUGAUGUGGAGAAGUGGGAUGUGCACAAGUAUGGCCUAGAUGCGGAGCAGUCGUAUCCUGAGGAGUAA